AUGCAAUCGUACAGUCAAAUAAUGCCUUAUAUCGGGGCUGGCAUCCCAUACGCGGAACCUCCGGUCGGGAACUUAAGAUUUCGCAAACCUUUGCCAAUAAGUUAUGAUGAAUUGACAGAAGUGAGCGCAACAACGUUUGGCAAGUCCUGCAAACAGCCCCCACUCGCCAGCAGAGAGUCUUAUAAUUACAUGCAAUCGUCGGAAGACUGUCUUUUCAUUAAUAUCUUCACGCCGUCUGUGAAUCCAACGGCCAAUCUAUCGGUGAUGGUCUACAUUCAUGGCGGAGGUUUGCUGUUUGAUAGCGCCCGACAGGUGCCCAGCGAACAGAUCAGCCUAAGAGAUGUUGUGGUCGUUACUCUCAACUAUCGUUUAGGAGUUUUUGGAUUUUUGUGCACCGAUAGCGAUGAGGCGCCCGGUUGCUGUUUGAUAGUGCCCGACAGCGAUGAGGCGCCCGGAAAUAUAGGGCUCUGGGAUCAGGCAAUGGCUCUCAAUUGGACUCAACAUAAUAUUAGACAAUUUGGUGGUAAUCCGGAUGACGUGACUAUUUUCGGACAAAGCGCUGGAGGAGUCUCUGUCACCAGUCAUAUAGUGUCUAAUGUGAGCCGAAAUUACUUCAAUAGAGCAAUUAUACAGUCGGGUUCAAGUUUAACAAAUGUUUGGCUCCGAAGCAGAGAUUACGCGACACGAGUGGCCAAAAGAUAUGCCACAUUUAUUGGUUGCGACCGAGAAAUCAAUUAUAUUGAAUGUCUUCGAAACAAGACUUCAGAUGAAUUACUGACCGCACAGUCGAUGGCUUUCCUAUGGAAUCAGAACACACCCGACGCCCACCCCUGGUAUUCGGCCCUUAUAUUAGAGUUUGUUCAGUGUUUUGGUGACCAGUUUUUACCCAAUAAUACCUUUGAAUUGUUAAAUUCACACAAUUAUAAUAAUAACAUAUCGAUACUUAUGGGUCACACGACCCUAGAAUCGGCACAUUUCACACACAUAUUUGAUGUGUUGAAGGCUCGGUUCGGGGCCAGUAGUGCUCAAAUGCCCGACGCUGUGGUCAACAUUCAAACCGCUAAAUACGAUAUACAAAGAGUUAUGAUAAAUAAUAACACGUUUGAUGGCCUGAUUGCCAGCGAAUACACGAAAUCAUUCAAUAAUUUCCUACUUAUGAUGCCUUUGGGUUUCUUUGAGAGGCAAAGACUCCGAGCGGCUGUCGUUCACACGUAUAGCGACUACUCGUUUGUUUGUCCGACUGUUCUGUUCGGCAAAUAUAUUGUCAGUAACCCAUCAUUUGGUGGAAAAGUAUAUCAGUAUUAUCUGAGUUAUGCCAAUAGUCAGUCCACCUGUAAGGGCAGCACAUGGUGUACGAGCACACACUUCGAUGACGUACCCCUUGUCUUCGGACAACCAUUCUAUAAGAAGGGCUUUUCUAAUACCGACAGAAAUAUGAGUACAAUUUUAAUGGAUAUAUUCACUACUUUUGCCAAAACAAACGCUCCUCCUGUUGUGAAUGGACAUCAAUGGCCAGCAUAUAGUGUGGAGACAACGGGAGAUAUGCGAGACGUGAGUCUCAAUUACAUGGAACUGAAUGACAAGAAUUUGGGCCAAACCUUCUUUGAUCGAUACAAAGGGAACAAUGGUUUUAAUCCCGAUAUCAUUCAAAACUGUCAAUUCUGGGAACCAAUAUUGCGAUCACUUUUCUAG